UCCAUCUCCUCCACCAUGCUGCUGUCAUUUCAGUGGUUUUGGCUGGUACUUUUGUUAUAUCUGAUGAGCCUCAGAGAUGUGGGAGCUCAGUUUCCAGGUGCCUGUACCACACCAGAGGCUCUUAAUACCCGGACGUGUUGUCCCCUCUGGAAUGGGUCUCCUUGUGGGUGUAGAUCAGGGCGAGGAUUCUGCGCACCACAUCCUGCAUUAGUUCACCGAAAACCAGUAGACUACAGGGUAGACUGGCCUCGUGCCUUCUAUGAUUCAGUGUGUACAUGCCAGGGAAACUAUGAUGGAUUUGACUGUGGUCAGUGCCUCCCGGGCUGGAAAGGACCGGACUGUCAGACACCGCACCAUGUGGAGAGGAAAGAGAUCACAGAUAUGACUGAUUCUGAGAGGGAGAACUUCCUCUCAAGUCUGGACCUGGCAAAAAAGAGCCCCAGCAGCCGUUACGUGAUCCUUACAAGUAAUGACACAACUGUGAAAGGGAACUAUGAAUUUCACAACACAAGUGUCUAUAAUCUGUAUGUAUGGAUGCACUACUAUGCAGCCAAGGUUUAUGCUGGUACUCAUAAUGAUGCUGCACACCAGGGCCCAGCUUUUCCCUUCUGGCACCGAGUGUUCCUGCUUUUCAUUGAGAGGGAGAUCAGGGACCUCACAGGGAACCAUGAUUUCUACAUCCCAUAUUGGGACUGGACCAGAACCGACCACUGCAACAUCUGCACCAACAAGUACUUUGGGGGAGUUCGCCAAGAUGGUCGUAUAGACAGUGCUUCCCGUUUCUCAAAGUGGAAGACCAUAUGUCCCUAUGAUGAAACUCUUGGUAUAAUUUGCAUUGACUCUGAUGAUCCUGCACCUCUAAUCCGCAACCCUGGAAAGGAUCCAUCCAGCAACACACUGCCAACCGCUGAGGAUGUUAAAGACACACUGGCAAGACUAUUUUUUGACACAACUCCAUUCAACAGAAGAUCUGGGGGCAGCUUCAGGAACAAGCUAGAAGGUUUUGAUAUACCUUAUGAUUCCCGACACCUGAAAUCCUCUAUGCACAACCUGGUCCACAAUUACUUCAAUGGCACAAUGUCUCAGGUCCCUACUGCUGCCAAUGACCCCAUAUUCAUGGUACACCACAGCUUCGUUGACAAGAUUCUAGAGGAGUGGUUGCCGACCCACAGUGAUGCUACCUAUCCUGACAGUGACCUGGUCCCUGCAGCCCAGAGGGCAGACGCCCACAUGGCCCCCUUCUUCCCACUACGCACCAGCAGCUACUACUGGGACAAGAACAUCAGGAACCUGGGUUACAGUUACAGAGACCACAGUGCGACCCAUUUUACCACGACAGGGGAGCAAUGA